UCCUGCAAGGCUGCGGUCACUAGAUCACCGCGAAUCGCGCGCUUCGUCUCUUCUCUGUCAUGCACCCUCUAUCAUGUGUUGUUAUUUUUGACUUUCCUGCUCAUUUUUGACUUUGCUCGCGAUGGAGACUUGUGUCCUCAUCCCGCAGGAAUUCAGUCUUUGCGUCCGGAGUCCUGCUUUGGGACGGCGCACCACCGAGCCUGAAGUUUCCGUCUGGUCCAAUACCAGCAUCGCGCAAGGAUCGCUCUGUUAUCCUUUCCAAGGGACGAUCAGGAUUGAUAAACUUGAUGUCUAUGGACAGCUUGAUGAUGAUGAUAUCCGGCACCGUUUCGGGUGUUACGACGAAAUCUCCGGAAGUGGCCCCCGGAGGGUGCGCCACUGCAAUUGGGUCCGGUUCGUUCGAGUGGCCACUUCGUUCAACCCGGCGGUUAAUUUCGUCGCAACAAAAGUCAGAGGUGAACCGGUUUAUGAAGCGGUUAAACCGAUCUCGCCCGACACGGAACUCCUAGUGUACUAUUUACCGGAAAGGCCGGAAGAGCUGUUUUUCGUGAGGAUGAGGGCGUCGCUCUACCGGCAAACCAUGGACUCGAUCCUCGAAGACUCUCCCCUCGACCUCUCCAUGUCCCUCCUCUCUCGUGCCUUGAGCGGCUCUCCCCCCUCCGCCGAAGACGAGCGAAAAUCCGUUUCAGGAGACAGUUCAGCCGCCAGCUCCCAAGGCGACCUCCCUGAAGCCACCGUCCCCACCCCCCGCGCCAGGCCCCGCGAGCGCACUUUACUCCCAUGUGGAGUAUGCAACAAGGCCUUCGACCGCCCCUCACUCCUCAAAAGACACAUGAGGACGCACACAGGCGAAAAACCUCACGUGUGCAUGGUGUGCGGAAAAGGCUUCAGUACCUCCUCCUCCCUCAACACCCAUCGGCGGAUCCACAGCGGGGAGAAGCCCCACCAGUGCCCCGUGUGUCUCAAGCGUUUCACAGCCUCCUCGAAUUUGUACUACCAUCGAAUGACGCAUAUCAAAGAUAAACCUCACAAAUGCAACUUGUGCUCCAAGUCGUUCCCGACUCCGGGAGAUCUCCGGUCGCACAUGUAUGUCCACUCCGGGUCGUGGCCUUUCAAAUGUCACAUCUGUUCGCGGGGAUUCUCCAAACACACCAAUCUCAAAAACCAUCUAUUCCUACACACUGGCGACAAACCGCACGCUUGCGACCUCUGUAACAAGAAAUUCGCACUGGCGUGUAAUCUGAGAGCCCACAUGAAGACCCACGAGGGCGACCCCCAGGAGGAGUGCACCAGGUGCGGCAAGACCUACAUCUGCAGCGGCGCCCCCGACCUGUGCCCCAAGUGCCGAACGGCGCAGAAAACCGCCCCCGGGGACUCCGCCGACGACUCCAGCGGCAACCACACGGAGGACAGCAACACCCCCGAGUGAUUUUCAGUGAUUUUUAAAUAUUUAUUGUUAAGUUUUUACGUAAAUUACGACGACAAAAUGGAAUAAUUUUUUAUUGAAACAUCAAUUAGUUGACACGAUUGGAGAGACUGAUAAUUAUUAUAACGGCUCUAAUCUGACGACCGUGACUGGAUUUAGUUGACAUAUCGGACAUCGGACUCCAAUUAAAACAUGGGGGGAUUAUUGGAUUGUGUCCGAGGUUUGGAAAAUCGCCGACGAUGAAAAAAUCUGAUGGGACGUAUCCGGUGCCCACGCUAGAGCAGAGGCGGACUGGAAAAAAACACUAUUUCUAAAGCAAAAUUAAUUUUUUUUGAUAAAUACAGAGUGAUUCAGCUGAAACUGUGUGUAAAUUAAAGAAAAGUUGAAAAAAAAUCGUUAAAAACAAACGAUUUUAAUUUUUUUGUAAUACAGGGUGACUCGUCUGACAUGUCGGAUUAAAACAUCUAAGACGAAUCAACGUGUAUACUAGAAAAAAUAAAGUAAAACGAUAAAUAAAUAUGUUUUUUAGUGAAAAAAAAGCUUUUCAGUGAGCUUAAUAUGUGUAUGUUCAUCUUAGCCGAAUCGUUCUGUAUAAAUAAAAAAAGAGAAAAAUUUUAAGGUGACUGAAGUUGAAUUAACGCAAGGAAUUGGAUGAACACAGGUAGACUCAGAUUAUACAAGUCGGAUUAUAAAAGUCGUCUAAGAUAAAUCGGCGUGUUUACUUACAAAAAAAAWUAGUCAAAACAUCUAUUAAAAAAUGUUUUUUUUUAAUGAAAAAAGUUUUUUAAUGAACUUA